CGGGGCGGGGCGGGGCGGAGGAUGGGGCCGCGGGCCGCGCUGCUGCCGCCGGCCCGGCGGGGGGGGGCCCGGCUGGGGGGGACCCUGCUGGGGGCUGCCAUCCUCGGGGGGGUCCUGCUGGCGGCCGCCCAAGCCCACCCGGAUCCGGAGCGGGACGGGGACGGGGCAGAGCCUUGCCGAGCCUGCCGCGGCCUGGCUGACAGCUUCAGCAGGGGCCUGGAGCGGACGGAGCACGAGGGAUUUGGUGGGGGCAACACGGCCUGGGAGGAGGAGAAGCUGUCCAAGUACCAGCACAGCGAGACCCGUUUGCUGGAGGUGCUGGAGGGCGUCUGUGCCCCCUCAGACUUCACCUGCCACCAGCUGCUGGAGCGGAGCGAGGAGCACGUGGAGCAGUGGUGGUUCCACGAGCGGCAGCAGCACCCCGACUUCUUCCAAUGGCUGUGCAUGGACAGGCUGGCGCUCUGCUGCCCGCCCGGCACCUACGGCCCUGACUGCCGGCCCUGCGCCGGCGGGCCGCGGCAGCCCUGCAGUGGCAACGGGCGAUGUGAUGGCGACGGCACACGCCGCGGCACUGGCCUCUGCGUCUGCAGCCCGGGCUACGGCGGCCCCUUCUGCGCCGAAUGCGGUGACGGGUACUACGAAGCCUCGCGGAACAAGAGCCACCUGGUAUGUGCCGAGUGCUACCGGGCGUGCGGGCGCUGCACGGGGCCGGAGGACUCCAGCUGCCUUCGCUGCAAGAGGGGCUGGGUGCUGCACGAGCACCGCUGCAUCGACAUCGACGAGUGCGGCACGGAGAUGGCGCACUGCCGAGCCAACCAGUUCUGCGUCAACACGGAGGGCUCCUAUGAGUGCCGAGACUGUUCCACAGCCUGCAUAGGCUGCAUGGGCGCCGGGCCGGCUCGCUGCAAGAAAUGCAACAAGGGCUACUGGCGGGAUGGAGCCAAGUGCCUGGACGUGGAUGAGUGUACCAGCGCCGAGGAGCCGGUGUGCACGGGGGUGCAGGAGGUGUGUGAGAACACGGAGGGCAGCUACCGCUGCGUCUGCGCCCGUGGCCACGUCCGACGGGAUGGACAGUGCGUAGAGGACAAGCCCCCUGAUGCCCCGGAGAAGGGUUUCUUUGACGACGUGACGGAUGACGAGGUGGUGGUGCUGCAGCAGAUGUUUUUCGGUGUGAUGAUCUGCGCCCUCGCCACACUGGCCGCCAAGGGCGACAUGGUUUUCACCGCCAUCUUCAUCGGUGCCGUAGCUGCCAUGGCUGGCUACUGGCUCUCCGACCGCAGCGACCGUGUCCUCGACGGCUUCAUGAAGGGCAGAUAGCUCUGGGGCUGCCAGGCACGGGCCGGGGGGCAGGCUCAGCCUGGGGUGCAGGGUACCCCCCCAGCAGGGGCUGGCUGCCGAGGCCGGAUCCUGCGCGCGGUGCUGUGCCCUGCAUGCGUCCCCCAGCCCCCCGUUAGCGUAGGGUCUCGCCUCCCCACUGCAGAAUGAGCUGGGGGUGCCUGGUCCCAGGGGAGCUCUCUCGUAGCCCCCUCUGGACAUGUAUGGUGAUGCUGAGCAGUAUGGCACUGCAGGGGGGGGGCACAGCAUGCUGCCCUCAGCCCCUCGUGCUCUGGAGGAGAGGCCCGGCACCGUGGGGUGCUCUGGCACUGCCGGGUGCCGGGGCAGAGAUGCUGGCAGAGCUCGGCCCUGCUGCCUGCCCAGCCAGCGUCCCCUGGGCUGGGGGCUGCUGGCACCGUGGGACGUUGUGUCCCCCCCUUUGUGAGACCAUUCCCCGUGGGGCAGUGAGGGGCUGGGUCCCACCUCUGUCCUGAACUGUGGGGCUGGGAGAGCUGCCCCCCGCCCCAAUCCCUCCUCCCCGCAUCCCUGGGCAGAGCCCAUCCCUCCCCCCAGGCCGGGGGGGCCAGGGGCUCCGGGGGGGCAGGGGUGGCUCCUGGGGUGCCGUGCUAGCCGGGGAGGGGUGGGGGGUCCUGCUGGAUGCAUGAGCGUGGCCGUUGCAUUUGUCCGUGGUUUGUCCGUCGGGGUGUGCCCAUCUGUCCGUGUGUCCAUAUCUCAGGAAAUAAAGCUCUGCACACCCA